AUGACGCGCCACCAUCAUGGGACGCCGGGCCAGGGCCCUCGCAGAGGCCACCAGUGGUCUCGCCUGCGGCACUACGACACCAUCGCGUCAUCACCAUCUUCGUCCAGGCCCGACCGACCCUUGUCCAUCACCACCGACUCAGCUUCGUCGCCCAGGAGCGAGUCGACGCACUCGACCGUGAAGGAGUCGCACCACCAUCACCACCACCACCACCACCAUGGUCACCACGGCCACCACCGCCAGCCCCGCGAGCGAUACUGCACUAUCGUCGUCAAUGAUGGAUACCUCAAGGAUGACGUCCUCGUCAACUUUGACCGCCUGGGAUCCGACUUCGAGCCCGGUUCGCUCCUGGCCAUCACCGCCAUCAAGGGCGAUCCGUCCACGGCCUACACUGGCCUUCACAAGUCGACCGUCACCGGAGGCUCUAGGCCCGAAAGCGGAUAUGGAUUCCCCGAAAAGGACGUGUACUGCUACCGUUACGUCUUUGUCUCGUCAGAGAUGCCCAAGGACGUCAAGGCCCGCCAUCCCGAUGUCGACAUCAGCAUACCCAAACACAUUGCCGAUGCCUUUGGCAUGAGGAAAAGCUCACAUGUCUUGCUGAGUCCGAUUGACGAGGACAACCCCGCCAUCAAGGCGACGCACGUCGAGCUCCUGUUCAAGGACCAGUACCUCUCGCGUUCCGACCUCUGGAGGAUGACGGUGGGCGAGCUCACGCAGCGCUCCCUCUACAAGGGCCAGUCCAUCCUCUUCAUGGGCACCAUAAAGGCCCAAGUCUCGGCCAUCUUCGUCGGUGGGCGCCGCGUCCACUCGGGCUUCUUCACCAGGGACACGCGGCCCAUCUUCCGCAGCGAGUCGGCUAGGUUCACAAUCUUCAUCCAGAUGGCCCGCGAGAUGUGGGACUUCGAUUCGGAGAAUUCGGGUGAGAUCAUGUUCAACAAGGCUGUCAACGGUUUUUUGCCCGCCCUGUUCAAGAGAUGGGCCUCCCUUAAAGCAAAGCAUCUCGUCAGCAUAGUCCUGUUCGCGCGCGUAGAGUAUGACACCGGUCUGGCCACGGACCUCGCCUCCAACGUCCUCGCCGACGACUUUUACACCGGUAUCCAGCCCACGGGCGCUAGGAGGCCCUACAAGGACUUUUACCGCGUCGUCGUCAGCGACAUGGCUAGCAACGAGUGGACCACAAUCCUCCACCAGCUCAAGAAGGAGUUUAGCUACUUCCGCCGAGAUUUUAGUCUGCAUCAUCAGCGAGUGCGCCAGUGCUUCGAACAGCAGGGCGAGGACGGUGACGCUCCCCAGGACAUACCUACCAACCGUGUCAAGGCAGAGACCUCCCUGGCCAUGUACGGGAACGUUCUCGAGGCCAUCCAACUGGCCUCGACCCAGUUUUCGUACGACUACAUUGACCGAGACCUGACCCGCACCGGCAUAUCCAUCAUCGUCAUCACACCCGGCCCGGGAGUCUUCGAGGUCGAUUACGAGACGCUGCGGCGGACAACGGAAGCCAUGGUCGGCAACGGCAUAGGCAUCGACCUCAUUUGCCUGCCGAGGAUGCCGCUGCACUCGGUGCCCCUCUUCAAGUACCGGAACCCCCAGUUCUCCUCCUCCAACGACAGGGGCGGCGGUCACAGCCGCCAGGCCAACCUGUCCAAGUCCUAUCAGAGCCGGGACAGUACCCCGGCCUACCACACCCCUGUUGUCGGGAGCUUCCAGUCCAUGUCCGAGUCCUUCUCUCCCUCCAAGUCGUCCAGCCUUGCGAAGCACGGCGACUCACCCAUCUCGAGCAUGAGAUCCAACGAGGAGUGGUGCUUCGCCCUUCCGCACUGGGUGCACGUGUCCUUCUGGACUGGCGCGUCCGAGGAGGCCCUGUCCUAUGCAGGCAUAGCACUGUCCGUGUCGAACGAGGUCCAGCGCGACGAUGAGGACGAGUUCACCAUCCGCUGCCGCAUGUACGACCUGCAGAUGAGGAGCGUGCUCGAGACUAACGAGAUCGAGACCCAACCACUCCAGGCCGACCCCAACUUCCCCACUCAGGCCCUCGAGCCGCUCUCUCCCAAACUGCGCCGCACCGGUCCUGCCCUCGACAACUCCCCCAUAUACCUCGCCAAUCGCCGCAUCCCGGAUACCCUCUUCGAUCACGUCUACGGGUUCCAGCGGUUCAAUCCCGACAGGCUCGUCAGGCCCGGGGAGCCGUCUCUGUGGAAGCAGCUCAAGGAGUUCGAUGACACCAGAGCCCGACUGCCACGGAUCAAACGUCUGCCCCGCCCAUCCAGGUUGGCGGACGACAUCGAGGACGCGACGAGGCGGCAACUUACCGAGGAGUCCAAGCUCUUUGGCACUUCGCUCCCAGACACCAAGGUGAAGAGUACCUUGCGGCCCGGUAGGAAGUUCUCUACCACCCUGGCCGAGCUGGACAGGCCCAUCGUCGCGCAGGAAUCGACGAAUGCGACGGCACGACCUCGAAACUCCUCCAAUGCUGCUAACUCCAGAAUGCCGCCAUCCCCGACCAAGAAGCCCAAGAUCAUGCGCCAGAUCAGCCUUGGCCAGCGCGGCUUCGGAAUCUCCGCAGCAAAAGCCACCGUGGCCGAGGUCAAGGUGGAGAGCGUCAACGCGUCAGACAGGUCGACGGCAGAGAACAGAUCGGUGGCGGGUCCCCUGUCGCGGCUGGGCUCCUCGUCGCCAAAGACGAUUGCGAGCCGGUCGUCGUCGAUAUCGGUCAAGGCACAGAUGAAGGAGAAGGGCAGCCUUGCCCCCGGCGGGCUCAGAACGUUGGAGGACAUAGCAUCGACCCCGAGCAUCCCCAUCACGACCAAGGCCGGCCAGUCCCGUCCCGACGCAGCUGCUGACGACGAUGAUGAUGGAUACGGGUUGACGGUCAAGCCAGCCCCCGCGCUGGCGUUCCGUGGAAGCAAGCGGCCGGAUAACCGGGACGUGGAGCACUCGGAUACGCUGCGUGCAGAGGAUGCGCAGAGGGUGUACACCAACAAGCUGCGGGCCGGCGUGUUCCCGGACCUACCGACGAAUUUGUCUCCAACGACGGCCAUCACGCCGUGGCUGACGCUGCUCAACCCGUCCAACCCGGAGAAGAGCCGGAUAGACGACACGGCACUAUAUAGCAGGUGGCAGCACGUCUUUCCCGAGACGUCGGAGAUGAAAGUUCAGAAGUGGAAGGCGCUGUGCUGUCCGGCGUCGGUGCCGCUGACGACUGAGUAUUUCCCGACGAAGUCGCAGUUUGAUGCCGAGUACCAGCGACACCCGUAUAACGUGGACCAGAACCCGGACGAUGACCUUUCCGACGGACCGAGAACGCGCCAGAAGUUCAUGAUGGACCUGAUCGGCCUGCGCUUCUCCCAGGGCUUUCAGGUGGUGGUGGGGCCGGCCGUGGCCAAAGCCUUUGGGCAAAAGGUGAUGAAGAUUGCCGACAUCCUGUCGCGCGACCAGCCCCUCGAGGACGGCACCAGCGUCUUCAUGUCCAUGGGCAACACGAUCCACGAGCUUUCGUGCGUCAACGGCACGGAGGUGGAGAUCAACAUCCACGUGCGCAAGCCGCCUAUCUCGACGUCGUCAGGCCCGCAAAGUGGCGGCCUCCCGUCGUCCACGUCCGCGUACAGGCCGGCCAUCCGCACCCUCCUCGAUGACAGCUACAGGACGCGGCACAUUGACAUAUGGUCGGCUAACCAGGAGCGCAACUGGAACACCAUAGACACUUUCUUGGCGGGACACCAUGAUGAGAUGAUGGAGUCGCUGCGCUUCUGGAGGGCACGCUUCGUGCUCAUCCCCCUGCUGUCCAAGACAUACUCCAACACCAAACCCCAGUCGGGCGACAACCCGGAGGAGGUGCGCAUCGAGGGCAUCAAGAAGCUGGCCCGCCUGUGGCAGAAGCAUCGGUACGUGCCUCCGUCGGAGCGGCGAUAUCUAUCGACGGGCGAUGGCGGCGGCGGCGGCGGCGGCGGCGGUCACAAUAACCAAAACAGCGGCCACCACAGGCGCCGUGCCGCCAACCCGAGCCCCCUCGAUAUCGUAUACAAGACCGAAGACCCGUCGGUCGUGGUCUCAGCCGAGCUCGAGACGCUACCUUUUCUCGAAGCUGGCGCCACCGGUAAGGGCUAUCUCGUCAACAGCCUGGAGCGGUUCAAGAAGUCCACGGUGAACAGCAAUCUGGCCGCACUGGCCGAGGCCAUGCAGCAGCCUGUGGAACAGGGGGGCGUGCCGCUGCGCAACAGGAGGUGGCAUCUGCGUCUGCAUCAGAACUCGUUCAUCGGAUCCGACAUGACGACGUGGCUGCUCAACAACUUUGAGGACCUGGAAGGCCGCGACGACGCCGAGGCCCUCGGAAACCGCCUCAUGGUGGUCUACGACGACGACGGUAAGCCUAGCGAGGGAGGUCUGUUCGUCCACGUCGAGAAGCGCCACCAGUUCCGUGACGGAAACUACUUCUACCAAUUCGCCGGAGAGUACGCCAAGCCGUUGCCCGGGUGGUUUGGCUCCCGCCGGAAAGAGCCCCCAACCGUUCCCGCGACACCGGUGGCGGAACAGAACCCGGGACAGAGUCAGACUCAGAGCCAGGGCGGAUGCAGCGGCACCGCCGCCGCCUGGGACUCGCCCAGGCUCGGGCCCGGACAGGCAUCCACCGCGGGCGAGGACAGGUCGCCCACCUCCUCGUCGCGGACACCGACCAUGUCAGCCGUGAGGGAGAACAGCAAACGCAGCGUACCGCCCGCGGCCGCGGCCGCGGCCGGUAACGUCAGGAGGCCGCGUGUCGACCUCAGCAAGGUGAUACGGUACGACGUGGACCACCGCAAGAAGUCGUACCGGCCAGAGCACGUGCACCUGCACUACGACCGGCUGCACAACCCGGACAACUGCUAUCACAUCCGCAUCGAGUGGAUGAACGCCACGUCCAAGCUAAUCGAGGACGCUGUCGAGUCGUGGGCCCGCGAGGCAGGCCAGUACGGCCUCCGGCUGGUCGAGGUACCGAUCCGCGAGGCGGCAGCCAUAGGCGACACCAACCCGUUCCGCAAGCCCUUCGAGAUCAAGCUGGCCGUGCCGCCACCGUCGCUCGAGCCCCCCUUCGCCUCGGCCUCGUCAUCGGCCCCGCCGCUCUACGACCCCACCAUGUCCCCCCACAGCAACAGGCAAUACUACCAGAUCGCCCUGCUGCGGCGCUUCGACUUCGUCCUCGACCUGGAGGCCGCGCGCGGCUUCCCCUCGACCGUCGACGUCAACUACUCGUGGGGCAAGCCCGACUACAGGUACACGCAGUUCAUCCACCGCACCGGCGUCGUCGUCGCCCAGAUAACUGACGACGGCACCAUCCUCGUCCUGGCCAACCGUCUCUACAACAACCGCGCCUCCAACACCCGCGACCAGAUCCGCAUGCACCCUGCCGGCCCCGACCAGCCCCACCUCGCCGCCUCCCGUCUCAUCUCCACCGGAUCCCUCAGCAGCCCCGCCCCCCCUGCUCCCACUGCUCCCACUGCUCCUCCUGCUCCUCCUGCUCCCCCCGCCUAUGCUCCCGCAGACACGACGCCGAUGUCGUCCCCCAUGAUGAAGGCCGCAUACGCCAUGUCCCCCUCCCUGAAGCCCACAGCCUCGGCCAUCCCGCCCACCCCUGCGGAUGCGGACUCCCUAGCCAUAAAAGACGACCUCCUGGCCUUCUGCAGCGACCCCGUCGCCCUGGAGGAAUUCUACAGGGACACCCUCGAGCGCGGCGCCGCCCCUCCCCCCAUCGCACCUGCCACCCCCACAAGCACCAACCUGUCUGCUUCUGCCGUCGCCGUCGCCGCCGCCCAUCUCGACGCCGUCCCGGAAGCUAGUAUACCUACCCUCGGUCUACCACCCGGUAUACUCGACAAUAGCAACAGCAACAACAGUCCCAGCAUCUGGCCGGGACCGCCAUCAGCAUCAGUGUCGGGGGGUGGCGCCUUGGCUGCCGCAGCAGCAGCAGCAAUGGGCUCCACAUCCGGUAUGAGGAUGGGCAGUCCCAUGUCCUUUGUGAGGAGGGGUAGUGUCCAGGCUGAACAUAGUAGUCUCGGUCCAGGCACUCCAAAGUCCUUCCAAGGAAAGUGA